AUGGCGACGCGUUGGUCAGCGGCGGCCGUCUUGUCGGCCCUGCUGGUGGUGCUGGCGGCGGCGACGUCGGCGUCGGCGCAGCCGGUGCCGGGCGGGAUGACCGUGUACGUGCCCGGCGUCGGGAAGCGCAACACCGAGUCGACGUGCAAGGACGACGGCAAGACGAAGAAGGGCAAGAACAAGCCCAAGCCCAAGCCCUGCACGGCCAGGUGCACCGACCGCUGCCCCACCAAGUGCCUCGUCCUCUGCCCCGGCUGCGUCACCUUCUGCCUGUGCGACUUCUACCCGGGCGUGGCGUGCGGCGACCCGCGCUUCACCGGCGGCGACGGCAACAACUUCUACUUCCACGGCAAGAAGGACCAGGAGUUCUGCAUCGUCUCCGACGCCGACCUCCACAUCAACGCCCACUUCAUCGGCAACCACAACCCGGCCUCCGGCCGCGACUUCACCUGGAUCCAGGCCAUCGGCGUGCUCUUCGCCGGCCACCACCGCUUCAGCCUCGCCGCCGUGCACUCCGCCAAGUGGAACCCCGAAGUCGACCACCUCGACAUCGCCUUCGACGACGAGCCCGUCGCCCUGCGGCGCGCCGUCGGCGCGCGCUGGUCCCCGGCCGCCGCGCCCGCGCUCUCCGUCACGCGCACCUCCCCCGCCAACGACGUCGUCGUCGAGCUCAGGGGCGUCUUCCGCCUCGUCGCCAGCGCCGUGCCCAUCACCGCCCAGGAGUCCAGCGUCCACAACUACGGCGUCACCGCCGACGACUGCCUCGCGCACCUCGACCUCGGAUUCAAGUUCCAGGCGCUCUCCGACGAUGUCCACGGCGUGCUCGGGCAGACAUACCGCUCCGACUACGUCAGCAAGCUCAACGUCGCCGCCAAGAUGCCCGUCAUGGGCGGCGCGGAAGACUACGUCUCCUCGGGCCUCUUCGCCACCGACUGCGCCGUCGCCAGGUUUGGACGCAGCGGCAUUGCCAUGGUCACCGAUGCCAAGUACUGA